GACAUUGGUUGAUGGCGGAGAAGAUUCUUAAGGUUCAUUCAUCCAUUAAGUCCACAAUUCCGGCAUUCGGGGGAUAGUUUUUUCGGGCGCAUAGGAUGUCAUAGCAUAUAUAGAACCUUAUUGCAGGCUGUGGGAAAUAAGUGAGUUUACCGUACCACGAUACGGUAUUUAAGCCCAAUGGACAAAAUCUUCACGAUCCAUCGCCGCAAUGGAUUCCACCACAGUACACCCAACCUAUGCUUCAAACGAGUCACGUUUGUCUCUCACCGCUACCACACUCCGAGAUGCGAGUGCAACACCCUCCACUCAUGCUGAUGGUACUCCGCCGCUGAGUCUUACACAGCCACCCCCGUUUCCUGUUAUCAUCAUUCAGAACAACCACAUUGCGGAGGGGGGAACCAUCAACAUACUUUCGAGUCACUGCAACGGCUCCACCGUGACCAAGUUAAAUUACGUCGCACCAACCGCAGAGCCAACACCCUUGAGCCCUCCGUUGGUGAACCAGCCAGAGCCAGUGGAGCACGGUCGUGAAAGCGUGGUGUUGAGCGGUAACACGUUCGGCGAGUGUGUCAUGAUAAAUGUAGGAUCGCCAAAUUGCACCGGAGCUGUUAAACAAACUGCUCUUGCAUCCCGAAUUGACCGCAACAUUUAGGUGAGGAGUUCACUGGUCUUGUAAUGUAUUAACCUGUAUGCAUAUGUACGAAAAGAUGCAGUUCGUUG